UCUGUCAGUCACUGUGGUUUAAACGAAUACAUCAGAUAUUGAGAUUUGGUGGUUCACUGAAACUUCUUGUAAAAGUUGUGUGGCUUUUUCCCUCCCCUCCCUCCUUCCUGAUUGUGUCAAAUAUUAAUGCAAUGGUCUAAUUUAUCUUCCGGUGAAGUCAGGGUUUAUGAGGCAUCUCUCAAGAGCCUGGGGUAUUUGUGUUUUAUGUUUGUGCUUAUGACAAAACAUCUUGGUCCUUGCCCUAGCACAUACAGCUCCAAAGAUAACAUCACUUUCCCCUUGACCAUGACUCUCCUGCUGUCAAUACACGGUGUCUGGGUGAAUAGCAACUAUCUACAACUGGAGUUUCCUGGUUCUGUUUCCAACAUUGCUGCUGCUUCUCCCUGUUCUGAGCUUGCUUGUCCCAUCUGUCCUGUGCACAGGCUGUACGAGGCAGUCCCUGCCCUCACACUCCUUUCUGCCCGUGCUGCAGCACCUCGCCCAAGGAACUGGGGUUUCGGCUGCUGCCUGGGGGUGGCUGUGUCGAUCGCUAAAGCUGAAGUGCAGCAGCUGCAUUUCAGUAGGAGAGAAAUCCUGGUUCCAUUUGUGGUCUGGUUCAAAGGAUCUGCCAAGAGGCAGUGGAGGUGUUUACGGGCAGCCGUGCCAUCUCGGCUGGGGGUUUAUUGCCCGGCUCAGAUGAGAUGUUCUCUUUAGCUAGAAAACAAAGUGAAAGAUGGAUGUUUUCUCUUUCUCUUGAUUGCUGCAGCAAACUUGGUGUUGCACCAGACUGUGGAGCGCAUUCACGUGGGCAAGAAGUAUGGGGACAUCCCUCGAGGCAUCUUUGUUGUGAGAGGCGAGAACGUUGUUCUGCUGGGGGAAAUAGACCUGGAAAAAGAAAGCGACACACCCUUACAGCAGGUCUCGAUAGAGGAGAUCCUGGAGGAGCAGCGGGUGGAACAGCAGGCCAAGCAGGAGUCAGAGAAGCUGAAAGUGCAGGCGCUAAAGGAGCGGGGGCUUUCAGUCCCGCGGGCAGACACCCUGGACGAGUAUUAGCUGUUCUGCCCCUUGGACAGUUUCCCUUGAGGCGGAGCCAGGAGUGCUUUGUGAUUUGACCAUGUGGUGACAGAUCUCUUUGCAAAGGCUGUUUUUAUUUUGUUUUCCGCACUGCAGAUAACUGUUAAAAUCAUGCCUUUAGUUUCUCUUCACAAAACCCUUGUUAAGGAGGAGUGAAGCUAUUUGAUUAUCCUUUAAGGGAACCAAAUGCUCUGGUGUGAGUAAGAGUUUAUGUUGUUCAGGAGGCAAAUCACUUUUUUUUUUUUUUCCCCCCCUCUUAUGUGGCUCUGGGUGAGAGUGUUCCUUGACAUGUAAAUAAAUCCUCAAUCUCAA